AUGCUGGCCAAGGCUGUCGCUGCUGAAUCAGGCGCCAACUUCCUGUCGUUUUCGAUGUCCGAUCUGAUGGAGAUGUGGGUGGGACAGAGCGAGAAACACAUCAAGGCCGUGUUUACGUUAGCGAGGAAAGUGGCGCCUUGUGUGAUCUUCCUGGACGAGGUCGAUAGCUUAUUCACAUCACGUGACACCCCUGGGUCGUCUGUGCGGAGAGAGGCCCUCAACGAAUUCAUGCAGGAGUGGGACGGUCUGAAGUCGCACGGUGGACGCGUAACCGUCAUGGCAGCCACCAAUCGACCGUUUGAUCUUGAUGACGCAGUGAUCAGGCGAAUGCCGCGCCGAAUCAUGGUGGACUUGCCAGACGAGUCAGGGCGUGAGAUGAUUCUGAAGCCCACGUGUUUGUUUAUUGUGGUUAACUACUCGCGUGUACAUACAGCCCAAGUGUUUGUAUAUUGUGGUUAG